AUGUCGGUUGGCUGCAUCCCUCGCCAGAAGACCGAGGCGGUGCAAACAGUAUAUGAAGGGGAGGAGCGUUGGGAGGAAGUGGUGGAAGGCAGUGAGGAUGCAUUUUUUGUAUCAAGGAAGUGGGCAGGAGUAGGAGUAGGGGUUUUUGACGGGGUUGGUGGGUGGGGAGAAUCGGGCGUUGAUUCGGGGGAGUUUUCGUGGAAUAUGAGCAGAAAAACAAAAGAGGCGUUUGAAAGGAGAGGAGGAGGAAUGACGCCAACAAAGGCUUUGGAAGAGGCAUAUGAGGGUGUCCAAAGGGAUAGAGGUGUUGCAGGAGGCACAACGGCAUGUGUGGGACAGAUUUGCAGUGGAACAGGGCGUCUUUUGGUUACAAACUUAGGAGACUCUGGAUGUUCAGUUUACCGGGACGGAAGACUUUUUUUUGCAUCUAAAACGCAGACACAUUUUUUUAACGCACCUUUUCAGCUUUCGAAAGUGCCUGAUAGCUUACGAAAAAAGGAAAAAUCGUAUCUACAGAAUAAAGUGAGAGAUGCAGAUGAAUACAACAUGUAUAUGAAGCAUGGAGACCUUGUUGUUUUUGCUACAGACGGAGUCUUGGAUAAUCUGUUUUUUAAAAAAAUUGAAAACAUUGUAACAGAGACACUUGUUGAAGCAAAAAUAUGGGUAAAGCAGGGGAAGGAAAUUGUUCCGACGAAAGAGAAGAUUACAAAAGAGCAACUUUUAUCAGGAAUGGAUAUUUCUCGACAACUUGUUACAUCGGCUAAAAAGGUGGCAUCCGAUACAGAGAUCGAUACGCCGUUUGCUCAGGAGGCGAAAAAACACAAUUAUUACUAUAAAGGAGGAAAACCAGACGAUGCAGUAGCCUUAAUUUUGCUUGUACUUGAGAUGGCACAUGUAGCAAUACUUCCACCACCUAUUCUUUUUUACGUACGUGAAUCUAAUUGA